GCGACUAAGUAGAACCAUCGCUUUCUAACUCGAAUUCUGAACCAAGAGUAAACCGUCAAGCACCCACGUUUGUACUUGCCUGUGUUGAUUGCUGAAGCUAGACUAGGGGGAAAAUCAAUUCUGUGGACAGCCGUUGGAUAUCGAAAAAACGGGAAACCCUCGCUCGCGGGCUUAUCGCGAAACAGAACCGAGAAUCGUCAAGUGGAAUAAACUGGGAGUUUUGGGAUAGAUUUUCUUUGAGUGGACUAGAAUUGUUUCGGUGAAUGUUUUCAUUAUUGUGGAGACAAUUUUCGUAAUAAUCACUGAAACGAAGACGAUGUGAUUUCGGUGAAGUGUUUGUUUACAAAACAAAACAAGAGUUGGAACGAAGAACUCUGGCGUAGGAGUUGGGAAGUUUAUUGUUUUCCACUUUUCUUUUUCUACGUUCCCUCAUUUGAAUGGAGCAGAUAGAAGCAUGUGCAUUUGAAGUGGAAACAAUUUGAGCGGAUUUUUUUUCUGUGUUUAAGUGCCUUGUGGGUAUAAUUUAUGACUAAACAUUCGUUCUUUUUUUCGGUGAAGGACGCAGCUUAGAACCAAUGAUUUCCGAAGACCGCAGUUGAAAAGAUCUGUCAAGCUCAAGUGUUUUAAGUUAAAGAAAAGAAAUCAGUAAAAAUGAAGAUUUUGGUGUUUACGUUUUGGCUUCUAGCGUUGUCCCACUUGAGUUGGGGUAUUUCGUACUGCCCAAACAGUUGUACGUGUGACGAUGAGAAGCUUCACGUGACAUGUGGCGAGGGGGAGCUGGAUGUGUUACCGAUUGCCUUAAAUCCCUCCAUUCGCCGGCUUGUGAUCAAAUUUCACCGGAUAAGGUCGAUAGACUCGUCGAUUCAGUUCUAUACCGAGCUGACCAUGUUGGAUUUGAGCUACAACCAUCUGCUGGGGAUUCCGGAGCAGAUCUUCAUGUACCAAAAGAAACUGUUGCAGUUGCAUCUGAAUAACAACAAAAUUGGUCAGAUCACCAACAAAACGUUCUAUGGAAUGACGGAGUUGCGGGUUCUCAACCUUCGAGGUAAUUUCAUCAACGAGGUGACGAGUGAAAUGUUCAAGGUCCUACCAAAGCUGGAGGAACUGAAUUUGGGAGGCAAUCGUAUCGGCCGGCUGGAUCCGAAGGCGUUUGAAGGACUCAACGAGUUAAGGGUACUGUAUUUGGAUGAUAACGCUAUCAAAACCAUCCCUACCCUCUCGUUGACUCCUCUGAAGACUUUGGCUGAACUCUACAUGGGAACGAACUCCCUGUAUAAAAUCCAACCGGGAGCCUUCGAAGGGCUUCAAUCACUGAAACGGUUAGACAUCCAUGGGUCAAUGUUGGUCAACAUAACUACCGAGACCUUCCGAGGGCUGGAAAAUAUCCGGUCCCUAGAUCUUUCCGAUAAUCAUCUCCUGAAAGUUCCAACAGUUCAGUUAAGUGGAUUGAAGCGAUUGGAAGAGCUCACAAUUGGACAAAACGAUUUUGAAACCAUCCCGGAGGGAGCCUUUUUCGGUCUUACCAACCUCAAGAACAUCGACAUAUCUGGAUCGUUGAAUCUGAAACACGUCCAAUCGGGAGCCUUCUCGGCCAAUCCGAACCUAGAAGCAAUAACAAUCGCCUCUAACAAAGAGCUUCAGGAAAUCGACGAAGGAGCCUUCGCUGGCUUGCCACAUAUCAAAAAGGUUAUCCUCCGGGAUAACAAGAUUACCACCUUCCGGGAAGAACUUCUCCCGUGGAAGCAUCUCUCCGACUUCGACGUAUCGGAGAACCCUCUGACCUGCGACUGCCAGAUGUUGUGGCUGCGGAACCUACUCCACCGCAAGAACAUCGAAACCGAGGAAGCCCAAAUAGUUUGCGUAUCUCCGGACCGGCUCCACGGCGAGCCGCUCCGUGAGAUCUCCCCAGAAAUGAUGGGCUGCCAACACCUUCAAUCCAAGGAACGUGCUAUCUUCGGUGCUAUCAUCGUAGCUACUGCAGCAACCAUCACAACCUUCGUCCUCAUCGUUUACCGGCUGCGGCAUCGCAUCCUGGACACCUUCCGACGACACUGGAGAACCACCAAGCGAGACACUCUCCAGGAAGAAAAGGACAUGGAAAUUCAGAAGUCCCUUGGCGAAGGAGAUUUCCAUCAACCCCACUGCAACAUCUACACCUACAACUACCACCCGGUCUUUAGGAACCAUCAACACCCGGCAACAUCGAUGUACGCCGCCAGUGGCCAAUACUCUCUCCCCUUCCCCCACUACCAAUCCCAUCCGCACCCCAACAGCCAUCAUCUGCAGCAGCAGCCACUCCCACAGACCCCAGCGUCUUCUUCAACAUCGACCUCGACGCUAAGUACGAUCGCCCAACCGCAGCAACCAUCCCAAUCGUCGUCAACCGUGCAGCAGCUGCAGCAGUCGAGUUCGACGACGAUCUACUCGCCGCAAUACGCGCACCACAUAUACGAGGUGCCGAAGAACGUUUCGGACACCUAGGUGAAGUUCGGUUAAUCAUCGGAUAUCGCUUCGGUGUAGAAACAACAACAACAACAAACAAAAGGUAGAAUCGGGUAUCGUUAAUUACCAAUGGUUAUCGUCGUUGAUGAUAAACUUGACGACGACGACGAGUUUUGCUUAGGUUUUAUCAAAGCAUACUAUGAUUAGUUAGUUUUUUUAAACUUGGAAAAAAGACGUACACGAACACAAAAUGUGCACACACAAAAUAAGAGUAAGGCGUGUCAUUUGAAUUCGAGUUUAGUCACUUAAAAACUGGAACAAUUUGAUAAAAACUCAAAAAAAAAUAGACAACAUAUUUUUUUAAAAUUACAAUCAGUGAAAUCUUAAAAAAAAAUCAUCUCCUGAAAGUUCCAACAGUUCAGUUAAGUGGAUUGAAGCGACUGGAAGAGCUCACAAUUGGACAAAACGACUUUGAAACCAUCCCAGAGGGAGCCUUUUUCGGCCUUACCAACCUCACUUAAAAACUGGAACAAUUUGAUAAAAACUCAAAAAAAAAAAUAGACAACAUAUUUUUUUAAAAUUACAAUCAGUGAAAUCUUUAAAAAAAUUGUAACUCUCAAUUUUGACAAAAGAGUACAACAUAAACUUUGAAACAAAUUCAGGAUCUCUUUAAUAAUUUCAUGUUAUUAGAAAAAUAAUCAAAACAAUGUUUGAACACAUAAAUUUUCUUCCUCAAAUAUACUUAAAAAAAAGUAAUAUAUUAAAAUUUUGAAAACUGCUUUGAAAUUCAAAAAAAUUAAUUGAGAAUGUCUCAUCAUUAAAAAAAUUUAAAGAUGAUUAUUUUUCCAAUUUUCGACAUUUCUAGAACUACUUCUGAAAUUCUUAUAUGAAGAAAUGAUUUUACGAAUGGAUUUCCUUUUACGAAUUUUUUUCAAAAUAUUGUAUAAAAUUUCAUAAAAGUUAAAAUGCUAACUUUUGCUUUCAAAAUGCUCUCUUUGCAGUUUUUGAGAUAUUUAAAGAAGUUUUUUUUAAAUGUGAGUUCUAAAGGCAAAACAAUAUAAAUCUGGCAAGAAAUAAAAAAAAACAAAAUUUUGUAAAUAGGAACUUAAAAAUAUACCAUGAUUGAGCUUAGUUUUUUUUCAAAUAUUUUCGAAACAUUUGGAAAAAAUCAUAACUGUGUGAUGAAGAACCAUUUUGGUACGUUUUCAGAAAAAAAUAAGCAGCUUUUCAAUUGAAAAAAAAAAUAAAUGUAGAAAACUGUAAUUAAAUUUUCGUUCCGAAUGUUAAUUUCUUCUGUGUCUACUUUCAAUUUCUAAACUUACAGUUUCAACUGAUUCAAAAUGUUUUGUUUUGUUUAAAUCUUUGAUCUACAAUUAAAAAAAAAUAUGUAAAAAUUCAAAGUUUUUAAUUCAGAAUCUGAAUCCAAAAAUAAUAAACAAAUUCAGUGUUCAAUAACGAAAUUAUAAAGCUGAACUCUGAAUCAAAAAACUUAAUCAGAAUCUAAACUUGUGUCUAAAAUCUGAAAUCUGAAAUCUGAAAUCUGAAUCUGAAAUCUGAAUUUGAAAUCUGAAUCUGAAAUCUGAGUCUGAAAUCUGAAUCUGAAACCUGAAUCUGAAAUCUGAAUCUGAAAUCUGAAAUCUGAAUCUGAAUCUGAAAUCUGAAUCUGAAAUCUGAAUCUGAAAUCUGAAUCUGAAAUCUGAAUCUGAAAUCUGAAUCUGAAAUCUGAAUCUGAAAUCUGAAAUCUGAAAUCUGAAAUCUGAAUCUGAAAUCUGAAUCUGAAAUCUGAAUCUGAAAUCUGAAUCUGAAAUCUGAAUCUGAAUCUGAAAUCUGAAUCUGAAAUCUGAAUCUG